GAGAGAGUGGGUGGUCGAUCCGUCUGAGGAAUUUUACUAUGGAUGGCUGCAGGUUAUGAUCUUUCCCAUCAGCUACAACUGGGUCAUCAUAAUUGCUAGGGCAUGCUUCUAUGACCUUGAGGAAAACUUCCUGGCGGUUUGGCUCACAUUGGACUACAUAUUUGAUUUCCUAUUUGUUAUCGAUACCAUCAUCAAAUUUCGAACAGGAUACUUGGAGCAAGGCAUUCUGGUCAGGGACAUAGCUCUUCUGAAGAAGCAUUACCUCAGCUCUUCUGGCUUCCUGUUAGAUCUGGUGUCCAUUCUGCCCACGGACCUUCUCUAUAUCUAUUUCGGCAUCCACUCCCCCCUAGUGAGAAUCAACCGCUUCCUGCGUUCUCCCCGCCUCAACGAAUCCCUGGAUCGCAUGGAAACACGUACCUCCUACCCAAACACCUUCCGCAUCACCAAACUCAUGCUCUACAUCUUUGUUCUAAUCCACUGGAACGCCUGUGUGUACUUCUCCCUCUCCAGAUACAUAGGCUUCGGGGAAGAUCAGUGGGUGUACCCCAACAUGUCUAACCCUGACUUUGCCUCCAUGCGCCGCCAGUACUUUUACUGCUUCUGGUUCUCUGCGCUGAUCUUCACCACGGUGGGCGACACGCCGGAGCCACAGCGCGAGGAGGAGUACCUGUUCAUGAUCGCCGACCUGCUCAUCGCCGUGCUGGUGUUCGCCUCCGUCGUGGGAAACGUAGGCAACGUCAUCACCAGCCUGAGGGAUCGUGAUCACGUGUUCUUCCCCAACCACGAGCUGGUGAAAGCCUACUUGCGUAACCGUGACAUCAGCAAUGAGCUGCGUAACCGUGUGAACGGCUGGUAUCAGCACCUGUACAUCAACCGUAAGAUCACAAGGGAGAACGAGAUCCUGCAGCAGCUGCCGGUCCAACUCCAGACAGAAAUCGCUGUCAGCGUGCACCUGCCGACCCUCUCCAAGGUCACCAUCUUCCAGAACUGUGAGAAGAGCUUGCUGGAGGAGCUUGUGCUCAAACUCACGCCACAGGUGUACAGUCCAGGGGAGUAUGUGUGUAAAAAGGGGGAUGUGGGACAUGAGAUGUACAUCAUCAAGGAGGGGAGGCUGGCCGUGGUGGCAGACGAUGGAGUCACACAGUACGCUGUGUUGUGCGAUGGGAAUUUCUUCGGGGAGAUUAGCAUCCUCAACAUCAAAGGUAACAAAUCGGGCAAUCGCAGGACGGCUAACAUCCGCAGCAUCGGCCACUCUGACCUCUUCAGUCUGUCCAAGGAGGACCUGACAGACACGCUAUCUGAGUUCCCGGCAGCCAAGCGCCUUCUGGAAGAGAAAGGACGUCAGAUCCUCACCAGGAUGGGCAUGCUGGAGGAGAGCAGAGAGGGCGAGGAGAAGGAAAAGGUAGAGACCAAGCUGGAGAGGCUGGAGGAGAACCUGGACACCCUGCAUACCAAACUGGCUCGUCUGAUGAUGGAGCUGGAGUCUAGCAACCGCAAGAUGCAGGCCAGGGUGGAACAGAUCGAGUGGGAGACUGAGGGCUGGGAGGAGAGGCUAACUGAGGAUGAAGAUGGAGAAAGGGAUGGAGAGAAGGAGAGGGGAGAGAUGGAUGAUUGGGUGGAGGGGCAACCAGGCAUUGGAGAGGAGGAGGUGGGUGUGCUGCUGGGACAUGAGCAUGGACGGAUAAAGGAGGAAAGGGGGGAGGAUGAGGAACGAGGAGAGGGGGAGCAAAAAGAGGAAAGG